AUGACAGUGCUUUCCAAAGUGUUUUGCUUGAUUUUGCUUUUGUGUAUACUUAAUAGUGUAACAGGAGAUUUAGCCAGUUUCUUUGCAACAUUACCAACUGAAAUUGGGAACGCCUUUAGCGGUGCCUGGAAUAGAAUCACUGAAACUAUACGGAGACCAGUACGCAUAAAGAGGUUGGGUAAAGGAGGAAGGCGAAAAACAACAACCACGUUGUCAACAGAAAUGACGACUGUUACAAAAUCGUAUUUCCACAGUUCUACAAACCCAAUGGUGAAAAUUACAAUACCCAUCAUUCCGAAGCCGCAUUGGAAAUCAAUGAUGGAGCGGCCAAAUAUACCAUACAAUGUUAAGAAAAAUAGUGAAACGAAAAUAGGUAAGAAUUUAUAUGAAGGAGUAAUAAAUGAAUCAGAAAAGGCAGAUGAAGAAAGCAAUGAAGGUAUCUACAAUAUUUUGUUUUUUAUAUAA